AUGAUCCGCGUUUUGAGUCUGUCGGGUGAAGAGCUGGCUUCAGUGCAGCUUGAUACCCUUACAUCUGAGACUGUGAGAAGUUUGAAGCACCACUUGCAUGAUCUUCUUGGCAUCCCAUUGUGCAUGCAAUCGCUGGUGCAAUGCAACUGUUGUUUGGAUGAUGCUGCUAAGCUGGAUUGCCAGAACGAAGUGCAGCUAGUGUUUCGGCGUGUUUCCAGUGCAGCAUCAAAGUCGGAGUUCGCGGAUGGGCUCCUUAGCGCGUGCGCCGAAGGCAACGUUGAGGAAGCGCGCAUGCUUUUGGAAGCUGAUGCGGAUGUGAACAGUAGGGACGAAAACUGUCGUGCUCGCUUGGACCAAACACCACUCAUUCGAGCAUGUGAGGCAGGCCACGUUGAGAUUGCACGUCUGCUGUUGGGAGCUGGUGCCAACAAGGAGCUCACAGGAAUUGACGGCAAAACGGCUCUUAUGUGGGCAUGCUACGAAGGCCACAUUGAGGUUGGGCAUCUUCUUCUAGAAGCUGGCGCUGAUGUGAACUCGCCGGGCGACGAGAUUGGCCUCACAGCGUUCAGUCAGGCAUGCGCAAGAGGCCACAUGGAGGUCGCGCAUUGGCUUCUGGAAGAGGGUGCUGAUGUGAAUCGGUGUGAUGAGGAUGAUGGCCUCACCGUUCUCGCUCGGGCAUGCGAGCGCGGCCACAUUGAGGUUGCACGCAUGCUUUUGGAAGCUGGUGCGGAUGUGAACAGGCUUGACGAAGAUGGCUGGACAGCUCUCAUUCGAGCAUGCGGAAAAGGCCAGCUUGAAACCACACGCAUCCUCUUGGAAGCUCGUGCUGAUGUGAACAGGACUGCAGAUGCAUAUGACCUCACACCACUCAUCGUGGCAUGUCGGGGAGACCAUGCUGAGAUCGCCCACAGUCUAUUAAAGGCCGGAGCCGACAAGGAUUCGCAGAACACAGCUCUCAUGGGUGCCAGCGAGCGCGGCCACAUCGAGGUUGCGCGUGUGCUUCUAGAAGCUGGUGCGGAUGUGAACAGGAUUCAUAAAUAUGGCCGGACAGCUCUCAUUCGGGCAUGCGAUGGAGGCCACAUUGAGGUUGCGCGUAUGCUUUUGGGAGCUGGUGCCAACAAGGACCUGCAGGGAGGCGGCGGCUACACGGCGCUAAUGUCGGCUUGCUGCCAGGGCCACAUUGAGGUUGCACGUCUGCUUCUAGAAGCUGGCGCCAGCAACGACCUGCAGAGACGUGAGGGCUACACGGCCCUAAUGGACGCAUGCUGCCUGGGCAACUUUGAACUUGCGCAGCUGCUUUUGGAAGCUGCUGCUGAUAUGAGCAUGGUGAACCAACUGGGAGACACAGCUCUCGCUUGUGCGAACGAUCGAGGCCACUCUGACAUCGUGCAGUUGUUGACCGGAAGUGGGUGCAAAUGA